AUGCACUCUCUGUUGCAGCACUUGAGAGGAAAAGACGAUGACGAGACGCUCCAGCAGCAACAACUGGGUCCGCCUCCCAAGAGGAGCAGAGCGAAGCCUCGACCCAAAGACCCCAACGUCCCAAGGAAACGCCUGCAGAUAAACCAGAAAUGUCUUUACGAACGUCGUUUGCCUGGCAAGGCGUAUAUAUCUGCCCACGUUAAUCGCCUACAACAUGGCUUUUACAGGUCCGACGCGCUGCACGAGCCCGUCAUCGACAAUUUGUUCUUCGUUUCUGUACACUUUGUUUUUCAUCCUCAUGACCCGAACGCGCAUCGCUUCAAGAGCGCCGAGAUCCAAGUGUCUGUCCAUGGCGACGAUGGAGGCCCUGACGAGAAGAAAAGACCAGGCGACUCACAUCCUCGGAUUUUGAAGCACGCUCCCGAGCUGAUGUUUGGUGCGGUUUCGCCAGAGAACCUUCAAUGGAACUUCAGCUUGUCAAGUUCGCUAGGCGUAUCUCAGGCACCCGUAUCUGCUACACUGAAUCCGAAAGCAGCCAUGGCAAGUAGCUACAAGGUCUUUCACAUGAUGAGCAUCCAGGGGUCAGUGCGGUCAAAACAGAGCCCACUAGGCCCCGAAUACGAUGCAGAGGAUGCAAAGGCUGUCUGGACACUGCAUGAAAACGUGCUUCAAAAAUCAGGACUACCGCGCGAAUUUGAUUUUGUGCUGCUGGUACAGAAGCCGGAGAAUUGCAAGAACAUGUACCUGUCAGUGGACCUGGAUGCGGAUGUUGGAGCCUGGUAUGGCACAUAUCCUCAGUGGUACACCAACCUAUCCAAGUACAUGCCGACGCAAGACUGUACGCUCAACUUCAAUGAUGACAUCGGGCAACGUUUCCUGCCUUGUCAGCCAGGGCGAGGCUUCAACUUUGCAAAUUUGAUGCAUACGCUGGACGAAUAUGUGAUGAUGCCGGGCACUGUGUAUCCAACCACUGGUACGCGGGAAGGACAAAUUAAGAAUCCGAAUCUCAUAGAUUACCAGUCGGUUAAUGACUUCAAAGCCAUCGAGGCCUCCUCCGCAUCUGCUGUAACCAAGGGUCCUGGCUUGUCUUCAGACAAGGGCAAGUCACCUAAUCAGCCUCCAAGCCAACAGGAGCGACAUAGUUGGGCGCCCGAGAACGUCAUCCGCGUGGUGUUAGAACAUCAAUACCCUCAUGCCUUUGGCCCGCACCGAUUCUCAUUUGCACAGAGCAGUAUGGAGCCAGUACGGUACCCGUCGAUUCGACGGAGAAAAUCACGAACGGGACUGAAAGAGUACGGCGCAAGCCAGGCUUUGCACGAAGCGGCUCGAGAUGAACUUGAAGAUGGAGGGGGGAAGUUGAAGGGUGGAUAG